CGACACACUCUGCUAUGAGCACGAAUCACGCAGAAUGCGCGCCAUCUCGUUCAGAUGAUGCAGCCGAAACGCAGGGAAAAUAUGUGAAGAACCGCAUCACGAUCGCCAUGCUAGCAAACACAGCAAGGCCCUCACUCUGGGCAUAUGCUGAAUCAAAAGACUCAACCGGCGAGAACAAAGGGUAGCAAUCAAGCCGUGGCAUACUGAGUCGGUGAUAAUGUGGCUUAUUUCUGCCUAUGAACGCUCAAGCAUUUCAAGCCGACGAUCCCGGAUUCUCCUACACCACUCUCUCCGCACAUGGAGUAUUCAGCGCCAACGAUCGAGACUACCUCAAGCUGUUCCACAACGGGAUCGUGUGCGAUGGCAAGCGCUGUCGCACGAGCAAACCCCAUAUAGCAGACUUCGAUCUGUGCCUCUCCUGCGCUCGGGACAAGGGAAAUGGCCAUAAUGCUUCACAUGAGUUCUUCAGGUGUGUGGUUCCUCCAAAAAUUGCGGAUCCCAUCGUAGCAGAGCGGAAAUCUCGAGAUAGUGAUCCAGCGUCUAUCAUUCAAAAGGGCGACCGGUGUGUCGACACGAAGACUGGCGAGCGCAAGGAAGCUGGGGAAUUGCUUGAAGAUAUGAUCUCAGCUCGCGAUGGAAGCCAUCAGGAAACUACUCAUGAAACCGGAGACAGCAGCGAUUGGCAUUCGACGAGACGAAAAACCUGGACAUCAAGCACGAUCACAACAGUCAAGCCGCAAGCCAAAGGCAAGGCGAGGAAAAGCAUAGAAACUGCUAAGGCGAAUGGUAACACGGAGUAAGUUGUCCAUCGGACAGAGACGAUAAAUCAGAGCGUCGCAACGCCAUCGAUAAACCUAGACAAAAAUCUUAAUAGCCUCUUCAAAGUCCCCAUCAAUCAUCUUCAUCACUUCCUCGCCACCAGGCCGCUCACUCUCCGGCGCCUUGGCCACCAACGCUUUCCCAAGCUCAUUCGUCAACUUCCUCAAAUCCCCCAUAUCGCCAGACACAGUACUCUGCAAACCCGCCGCCGCCAACUUCUCCUUCUUCUCCUUGAGGCUCGCCAUGCAAGCCGCGAUAUUCGGCUCCAAGAUAUCUCGAACGUAAGCCGUGAUAUUCCUGGCCUCUUCCUCGCUCACAACUUCGCUGGCAUUGGCGUCGCAAAUGGUAUUCUUAAUGUCUCGUCCGAGUUUGGCUUCGUCGCUGGAGAUGCUUGCUGCUGCCAGGAGACCUCCUGAGUAGGCUUUCAGAGUGGCCGUGAGUUUUUGGACCGAGGCAUUGAUGGUUUCGAGAUUGUGUUGUGAUGAGGCUGCAUCGCGGGGCGUGAGUGCUGCUUUGGCGGAAGCUGCGAGCUGGCUGAACUUGGAGAGUCUCAACAUCGUGGCUUGAAGUACGACUUGGAGCG